AUGUGUUACUAUGGCAGCUACUAUGAGGGCCUGGGCUGUGGCUCUGGCCCUAGUUAUGGCUGUGGAUGUGGCAGCUUCCACAGCCUAGGCUGUGGCUUUGGUGGCUAUGGCUGUGGAGGCCUGGGCUGUGGUGGCUGUGGCUAUGGUGGCUAUGGCUAUGGCUCUGGUUAUGGCUGUGGAUGUGGCAGCUUCCGUGGCUUAGGCUGUGGCUUUGGCAGCUAUGGCUAUGGCUGCUGGCGCCCAUCUUGCUGUGGAAGGUAUUAUUCCUGUGGCUUCUACUGA